UUUUUACGGAUUAUUGGUCACCUACGUGAAUGUAGCGGUUGAUAUCUCUCAAGAUGGCGUUUUCAUAAAUGUUCUAUCGCGUAACCCAGUAGCAAAGCAAUCUUAUUUGCUUACUAGCAAUUGGCCUGUUUUACCUAUAAUUGUCUUCAUUCAUUUUCCCUAGUUAGAAUAGCUGAAAGCGUGGACGUCACUUUGUUUAAACGUAGGGGAAAUUUAUUUUGUAAUCUGCACCUUUUCUCCAGCCAGAGUUCUAAUCAAAUGAACAUGGUUAGUGCUGGUCCAUCUGACCAGCACCAUCAAUACGAAGAUCAAGGAAAGCGACAAAGCAGAACUAAUGCCUCGACUGAACAGAACACUGGUGCUUGUCCUUCUCAUUGCAGCCAGUUCGGUAUUCCUUUUAUUCCAACUCUAUUAUUACAGGCAGUAUGUUUCUAAGAGUGGUCCACACAUCCUAAGUCGGAGUGGUCAUCUAUCAGCAAAUGAUGUCCAAUGGCAGGUGGUGAAAAAGUUCCUGGCCCUGGUGAACAAAUACAACAUGCCAGUGUUCCUGGCCGACAUAGCCGGCCUGGCUCUCCUCUCCCAGGACUCCAUGCUGCUGAAGGACAGCCUGGUCAGAGAGCCCCACUGCACCUUCCUCUGCACCGGCCGAGAGUUCACCACCUUCGCCUUGUUCAGCAACCUCUGGAAGUAUGAUCCUGGUUUGGUGGCGGCAGCCGAGGAGCGAGGAUUCGAUCUGCUGGAGGUGCGAGGGAAGGACCCUCGCCUCGUCAGCAUGGAAGACCUGUCGGGAAACGAGAUCCCCCUCCACUUCCUGUUCCACUUCCAGGGUCAUGUGAUCCACGUUGUGGUCCUGUACGAGCGCAGCGGGAACUACCUGUGGCACGGCCCGCUGCGGCUCAAACCCAACAUGGACCGGACGCUCGCCCCGUUCAGGAAGCUCGACUAUGGCCGCCACGCAGGAGCCUACGACAGGCCGGAGCUGGUGCUGACUGCUUUGGACGGGCUUGACGUGCGGAUACCGCGGAACAUCUCCCGUUUCCUGAGAGAGCACUCCCAGGCCCGCUUCCUGGAGUGCAGGUACAGGGAGUCUCGCGCCUUCUUUCAGAUGUACCCAGACGACACAUCUCCAGAAGCCAUGGACUUCAGGAUGAAGGCCAAGAGCCUCCUGUAUCUGGCAGCCAGGACCCUCACUGCCCUGGGGGUGCCAUUCUGGCUGAGUAGUGGCACUUGCCUGGGCUGGUUUCGACAGUGCAAUAUUAUUCCCUACAGCAAGGAUGUGGAUCUGGGAAUCUGGAUCAAAGACUACAGAUAUGAUAUCACCUCAGCAUUUCAAAAGGCUGGGCUUCCAUUAAAGCACAAAUUUGGAAAGGUCGAAGACAGUCUAGAACUCUCUUUCCAGGGCCUGGAUGUUAAACUGGACAUGUUCUUCUUCUAUGAGGAGGGAGACAUCAUGUGGAAUGGAGGAACCCAGGCAAAGAGUGGCAAAAAGUUCAAGUACGUUUUCCCAAAGUUCAGCCUCUGCUGGGCAGAGCUGAUGGAACUCCGAGUCCGUGUCCCCUGUGAGACUCUGGACUACGUGUUAGCCAACUACGGGGCCAGCUGGAACACGCCGGUCAAAACGUGGGACUGGAAGAGCUCUCCGGCCAAUGUGCAGGAGAAUGGGGUGUGGCCUGUGAGGGAAUGGGAUGAUGUCAUUCAGGUGUAUUGAGCGACACACUCCCCAAGAUUUCGAAAAAGACUGCUUCGUGAAGGCGCUGCCUGGACCGUUCAGACGUACUUGUGUUGCCACAGAACAGUCUCAAUGUCUCAACAGUCUCAACACAUCUGGGUCAUACAUGACAUUGUGUGAAUUCAAUGUGAACUCAUUUACAGUCUGCCUGCCUGUCAUUUUAUGGUUGGAAAUGUGAAAAUGUACAUAGAUCCACUAGGUUGCGCCAAAGGGCUGUCACCUAUUAGACUACUCACGGUUGAUACCAUGUGUGGAAGUACUCUUUUUCUUGUAACAAGCUAACCACUGACAUUGACAAAUGUGUGCUCAUGUUUUGUUAACUGUAUAUUUAUUACUGAAUAAAAGCCAUGCUUUUUACAGU